UUUUUUUUUUAGCGAGCUUUCGAGGUGAACAAAAUAUUGACAACUCGCUCCGUGCCGCAUCAGCCAUCGCUUGGUUUCCAUCAGUUAAGAAGUUGCUAUUUCUUAUGGUACAAAGUCCCAGAGUAUAUUUACUCGCUAAUGAAACUGGAUUCGGACGAAUGUCAACCAACAAUGCAGUCAUGAGGCUCAGCUGCAUGGAGGACCUGCAACUUAAGAUGGUCCCUCCCACUUCUGACCAAACUAUUUCGCCUCCUUUGUUAACAUCUGUAUUUGCAUGUCGCAACUCCUGAACACAAGAUCGGGUCACCAGCAACCUCCGAUCGAACAAGCUCCUUAAGAAAUACGAUGGCCGUCAACCCUAACACGACCUCCUCAGAUAUUCCCAAGCGUCGCUACCACCCAAAUCCUUUCCUCACCUCAUCCCCUUCCUCACCAGUCCCUAAUGCCCCUCAACCUCUAAAACGCGCCCUCCUCCCCAGCUAUCUCCUCGCCUCCCUCACUCACAUCCUCACCAACUGCCCACCCACUCUCCCCUGGCUUUCCCCCUUCCGGGCCGGAAUCCCCUCCCAGACUUACAAAGGUCUCUUCUCAGGCCCAACAUCCAUCGCCUACCUCUUCUACAGCCUGUCACUCUCCACCACACCUACAACUCGCACUCUCCAGAUACACAACAAAACCCUCCUCCAAUGGAGUAAAGCGUACCUCUCUCUCGGUCAAGACACAGUGCCGCGAAUGCUAUCCCAAAAUUGCGGAAUCUCAAACGAGUACCUCGCUUUCCACACCCUCUCAGCAUGCAUCUACAGGGAUGAAACUCACGCUAUGAAAGUAUUAAACGCGCUUGGGAAUUUAAACAAAGACAAAGAGACGACCCCAGCGACGUAUUGUGAGUUAUUGAAAGGUCGCGCGGGGGGGUUAUACAUACUUCGACUACUCAAGCGGGGGAUGCCCCACCUGACUGAAGAGAUUGACAUCCUGAGCGAAAAGCUUACCGAUGAGAUCCUAGGACAGUAUCCCUGGACAUGGGACGGGAGACGAUACCUCGGUGCCGUGCACGGCGAGAUUGGGAUCCUGACGCAGAUUGUGUUGAGUUCGCCUUCUCGAUCUCGUGCUCGCGCUCAAUCUGAAUCUCAUCCAUUCUUGGAGAAGAUACUCCUUGAGAUACUGGAUCUCCAAGGAGAAGAUGGGAAUUGGCCUGUUGUUCCGGGGAAGGAUCUCGGGCUCGUGCAGUUCUGUCAUGGUGCGGCGGGGGUGGUGAUUUCGCUACUGGCGAUGAAGAGGUCUUUUUUUUUUUGAAGGAGGG